AUGAAAUUGUAUUUUUUUGUGAUUUGUUUGACGUAUGGGAGUGAAGCGGCAAGGAUUUUGGGAAUAUUCCCGACACCCUCAAUAAGUCAUCAAGUGGCUUUCCGACCUUUGACCUUGGAGCUGGCGAAAAGAGGCCACGAGCUUGUCGUUCUCACGACUGAUCCUGUCUUCGCUAAGGGGAGCUCACCAGAAAACUACACAGAGAUAGACGUUCACGACAUGUCCUAUGAGACAUGGAGGAAAGGGUUUUCGGCAACGAGUAAAGGAAGAACUGACGAUAUUUUCGAGCAGUUAACGAGAAUAUUUGAUUUAAUUCCAAAGAUUUUCGUGAAACAAUUUCUGACGGACGAAUUCCAGGAAGUAUUGAAAAGCGAAAAGAAAUUCGAUUUGCUGAUUAUAGAGGCAAUUGUGAGACCGGCAAUAAUACUAGGUCAUGUCUUCAACGCGCCCGUAGUUCUCAUGAGUUCCCUGGGCGGUUUCCGAGAUAUUUAUGACAUAUUUGGGGCCCCAAAUCAUCCGCUUCUUUAUCCAGCUGUAACGCGGCAAAAACUUUACGAUCUAACGUAUUGGGAAAAGUUAAGGGAGAUGUACAGCCAUUAUACCGUUGAACGCAUAUGGAAAGAGUUCGAAGAGAAGGAUAAUGAGCUGGUUACGAGCGUCUUUGGCACCAAUGUCCCAAGUCUAAGCGAAAUGAUGGAUAGAAUCAGUUUGAUACUGUUGAACGUUCAUCCAAUUUGGGAAAACAAUCGUCCGGUUCCACCGAAUAUUAUUUACGUUGGAGGAAUCCAUCAGAAACCACAACAGGAUUUGCCUUCGGAUUUAAAAGCCUACCUAGAUGCAUCGAGACACGGUGUUAUUUUCAUAAGUUUUGGCACCAACGUCAUGCCUUCUGCGUUACCACAAGAACGAAUCCAAACCCUGAUCAAAGCGUUCUCUCAAUUACCCUACGAUGUGCUCUGGAAAUGGGACAAAGAUGAGUUGCCCGGAAGAUCGAAAAAUAUUAGAAUAUCAAAGUGGCUACCACAACCUGAUUUACUCAGGCAUCCAAAGGUCAAGCUAUUUAUAACUCAAGGCGGUCUGCAGUCAACGGAAGAAGCGAUCACGGCUGGAGUACCCCUGAUUGGGAUGCCGAUGUUGGGAGACCAGUGGUACAACGUGGAACAGUACGUGAAACAUAGAAUCGGAUUAAGACUGGACAUGGACGAUCUUUCUGAAGAUAAAUUACAGAACUCCAUUAAAGAGAUAAUUAACGAUGAAAGCUACCGUCAGAACAUAGCUCGUCUCCGAAGCCAGUUGUACGACCAGCCUCAGAGCUCAUUGGAGCGCGCCGUGUGGUGGACGGAACACGUGCUGCGUCACGGAGGAGCCCAGCAUCUCCGAGCUGCCGGCGCCAAUCUAUCCUGGUCACAAUACUUAGACUUAGAAUUGGUUUCAGUAUUAAUUAUCAGUUUCAUUGUUAUUGUUAUGAUUUUUACUUCGAUAGUUUGGUAUUUAUGGAGGUUUUUAAAUAGUUUCAACGCUACGAUUAAGUUUAAGGGAAGCUGA